ACGUUCUUACGUGGAUGGAAAUAGGAGAAUUGGUAAAUAUUUGUUACUUAAGGAAAUUCCAAGAAGCUGAGGUAAAUUUUCCAGCCGCAUUAGUGCUACCUUUGCCUUCCAGUUAUCUUGGUCCCCAUCCAGAAUAUCUUGAGUUAACUGAACGACGUAAACAGAUUGUUGGUAUUAUUAACAGCGCUCUAUUGCAAUUUCAUGCACUGCAAUUCCAUUUCAGAAUGCUGAAAUUAUCAACCAACCAAAUUCAGCGGUGACUGAUCAUGAUGAUGUAGCUGAACUAGCAAACUCGAAGAAAAUUGGAAAACUUGAACAAGUGCCGCCUUGAAAUCGAGAUGGAGAUUUCUGGAAAUCUAACUUUAUUAGAAACCUGUGCCGAGGGUCAAGCAACAGGAGAUGAACGACAGAAGUCGCACAGCGAGCAGGAAGCUGUAAGAGAGCUGCUUUACGCAUUUCAAGGAAUUUGUGGCAACAUUUUGGGCAGAAAUGAGCAGGUCAAAGACCAUCUGAGAUUUAAAAUGAGCACAGAGCAUGGAGGCCAAACUUUGCAACAGCAAGUUCUGCAUAUGGCGGUUUUGGGGACAUUGUACCAAAAAGUAAAUUCAUUUGUAGAGCUGCAUAGCUUGCACGGAGAGUCCCUGUUCUUUAGUGCCUUAGCUUCAGCUCUUCGACAGCAGCUGACCAGUUUCCUUGGUCUGCUAGCCCACCUUGAAUGCUUACUCGCAAGCCAAAAGAUAACCCUGCUGCAGCUCAGGGUGAAAACCCUAGGAGCCAAAAAUCAUCUAUCUUGGCUGGUUACUAUCACUGAAGCGUGCAAAUUUCAACUUGGCUGCAACGUGAUGUCAACCCUGCACAACCUGAUGCUCACAUUCAGUGGAAAUCCGAACGCGUUGAGGAGCGCUUCUCCUAUUUUCUUGAGAGUUUCUGAGGUCUUUUAUAGACUUCUGAAAGAGUGGCUUUUGUGUGCCAGGCCUACCGACCCAUUUGACGAGUUUUUUAUUGCAAUCUCUGAUACGCAACCUGAGACCAUGAUCCUCAAGCCAGAUUUCUACCAGCUGAGAACUCUGAUGUGUCCUAAUAAUUUGUCUAAAGCACAAAUAAAUAGAAUCAUGAAGGCUGGACAAAAUUAUGCAUUGCUGAAGAAAAUUCUGGAAGAAAAACAGCCACUGGAGGAACUGCAUCUCAAGCUGGACAAAAUUAUCGAGAAAGUGAUUACAGAUGCUGAUCACGGCGUGAAUGCGUGGGAAACGGAUGGCGCAAUGCACACCUUCCUGAUUGAAAUGGAGAGAAGGGUUUCACAAAAACUUGCUGACGCCUUGCUGAGACAUGGAAAACUAUAUGUCCAUCUGGACAUUCUCACGGGCUUUUUUUUGCUCCGACAAAGUGGCUUUGCAGCUCAGUUAAUCAUGAAAACUUUUGAUAUGCUGAGUGCUGCUGCUCCACUCGUCAGUGAGUACACUUUGAGGGAGAAGCUACGAUUAGCCAUCAACGACUCCACAAGCCCAGAGCAAGAGGAUGUGUAUUUGGAGAAAAGGUUCAAGAUCCAUUUAAAUCCUCAGCCUGAACACAACCUAGGCUGGGACUCCUUCAGCAUAACAUACGAACUGGAAGAGGCCAAUCCAGUCGCUUUGGUGGUGACUAACGAGGUGUUGGAAAAGUACUAUUUCUGCUUCAGGGAAAUCCUCCAGCUGCGAAGGAUGGAAUGGAUGCUGUGUGACAUCCUCAAGAGCAUCAAGACCACCUACAGGAAGCUGCACCAACUGACAGGUUCAGCUACAGAGAAAAUUUAAUUUUGAGCAAAAUGGACAAAAAAUUUUAGGCGGAGAAAGGGGCGUGCUGAAUCACAUGCAUUUGAUGGCCAAGGAAAUGCACGUGCUGAUCCAGCAGGUGCUCAACAGCAUCUUGCAAGUGCGCCUGCAAGUGAAUUGGCACCACUUUUGCGAGGAAAUCAAAAGCAUCGCUUCGAUCGAGGCCGUGCGUGACCUGCACCAAAAGUAUCUCACGAGCAUUGAGGUCUGCUUGUUUUCAGAGCAGGUAAGAAAUUUGCAGUAAAAAGUCGAUAGGGGAUAUAAAAGUUCCAAUCCCAGAUGCACGAGAUGCUAGACUUGACCAUCGAGCUCAACGACCUGUUCCAAUCCUUCAUGCUUGCCUUCAAGUUACCACUCCCAGCACAGAAACACACGAGGGAUGACGUUUCAUGCUACAAUUACGGGACAACCACACCAAGCAAAAAUAUUUUUUCGCCGUCAAGCGUACCCAAAAGACUUGAGCAUUUGCGAUCUGAUUUUUAUGUGAGUGUUCAGAAUAUUUUGUAAGAAACCAUGUCCCUGAUGUUAAGGAGUCUAGAUGCUCGUGAUGAACUUUCUGAUUGUGGUCAAGCAGAGGCCUGAAGAGGACAUGCAGAAUCUCUAUGAGUUCAUAAACUUGAACAAUUUUUACAGAGUCUGAGAGUUUGCAAGGAGAGCUUUGUUUCAUGUUUUAAGUAACAAAUUCGUUUAUUUUAUCAUCGUAUUUUU